AUGUCGUCUACGCGCACAGGAAAGUCCAAAGGUGAAAUCGACGUGCAGGCUAAAUUUGAAUCGAUGCGCGGUUUCUCCAGCAAUGCGCAGAUUCUUCGGCGUCAUCACGAUCUGAAAAGGGAAGGCGAAAAGGAGCUUCGGGCCAUCGAGAUGGAAACCAGACUUGAAGCCAUGAAAAUCUGCCGACUCCACGCAGAGUACUCCAAAAAGUUGAAGCAACUUGAGAAGAUUGAGGCAAAUACCCGAAUGCAAGGCAAAGGAAACGUAGGGUCACAGAACCAGCGGAAUCUGCCUGUGACUCGACCAAAGCAGAAAGAUAAAAAAGAGGUUCUUUUGUUCCGUAUUGAGAAGAGAAAUGGGAGAGAUAUUUAUAUUAAAGAAGCGCCUAAGAAAAGACCUGAUGUAAAUGAUAUAUUUUUAUUUUAA